AUGGAGGAGGAGGAGAAGGAAGAAUUUGCUCACUUCUUAUUGCUGACACCGCCGAGAGGUGUAUGUAAGGAACGGGAGGCUCGGGAGGCCGGAGAUAACGGGCUGGUUUCGAAGGGUUUCGGGAACCGAGGAGCGGCCAAGAGCCGCGCCCGCCCCGGCCGGGAGAGGCGGCGGGGCCCGGGAGCGCUUCCCGCCGGCACAGCCCUCGGGCUGCGGCACCGGCCAUGGGCAGCGGCAGCAGCCGGCGGCGGGGCGCGGCCGUGCCCGUGGGCAAGGCUCCGGAGCGCCGGGAGCUGCUGCAGACGGCGCUGGCCGAGGGCGAGGAGGCGGCGGCGCUGCCCACCCCCGGCCGCCGAGCCCCGGCCGCCGCCGGCACCCCCCCGCUCCGGGACGGCGGCCGCUGCGGGGACGCGGCGGCGGGAGGCGGAGGGGGGGCCCUGCUGCCGCAGGCGGCCUUGUCAACCAGAAGCCCUACGAGUGCAGAGAACAACAAUGCUGACCAUCAGUGCUCACAAGGGAACAGCAAGAAGCAGGCAGAACAGUCCACAAUAUCCUAUGAUUACUCGGAGGAGGAGCUCAUGGCAAGCAUCGAGCGGGAGUACUGCCGCUGAACCCAGCCCCUUGCCACGAGAACUUCAAGCUUGUUCCUGGAAGCCCAGCUGGAGCAAAACUGCUACUGACAAAACAGCCUCUCGCACGGUGGGAUGGCCUGGGAGAGGAGGGUGGCGAGGAGAGACGGAGCGUGAGAAGGCAGUGUUGCUGCUUGGGAAGCACGGGGGAGAAAGUCCUCCUGACCAGCUCUGCCUGAGAGCAUCAAGUUCCUCACCAGCUGCUGAGCAGUGCUCCUGGAAGAGGAGACAAUUCAUCCAUGAUUCAAUAUCUAGAUGCUUGUUUCUAAACUGUAUUUGCAAAUGAAGAUAUACUAGAAUUAAAGUGUCAUACUAGAAGUGUUGAAACAUA